CCGCUGCCAGUCGUCCAUACGUUUGUCUGCGCUAUAUUCAAAAUGGCCGAAAAAGGAGCUCCCCUCGCGGCCGUCAAGGUCGAGGCCCUGGUGGCCAUGAAAAUCAUCAAGCACGGCUCCCAGUCGUUCCCGACCACCGCAACCGGUUCGAUCGUUGGUAUGGAUGUUGAUGGUACCCUGGAGAUCACCAACUGCUUCCCGUUCCCCGUGGUCGAUUUGCCCCCCGAGUCGCACUUUGACAACGCUGCGCCCAAUCCAGCCGCUGCUGCCCCCCGUGCGAAGGCAAACGUGGCCUACCAGGCGGAAAUGAUCCGGAUGCUCCGCGAGGUUAAUGUCGAUGCGAACAAUGUCGGUUGGUACACCAGUGCGAACAUGGGCAACUUUGUCAACAUGAACGUGAUCGAGAACCAGUUCUUUUACCAGAAGGAGAUGAACGAGCGGACAGUCGCUCUUGUUCACGAUGUCAGCCGUAGCGCCCAGGGUACCCUGAGCCUUAGAGCGUUCCGUCUGUCGCCCAAGUUUAUGACUGCGUUCAAGGAGAACAAGUUUACGACCGAAGAGUUGCAAAAGUCCAACUUGAGGUACCAGGACAUCUUCAUUGAACUGCCUGUCGAAAUCCACAACUCCCACUUGAUCACCUCUUUCAUCCACCAACUCCAGACCCCCAACUCAGGCCCUACGGACCUCCCCCCAUCUUUGGCCGCCUUGGAAUCCAGCUCUUACGCCAAGUCCUCCGUUCUUACCCCUAACUUUGAUAACCUGUCGCUCAAUGUCGACCCCUUCCUCGAGAAGAACUGCGAGCUUCUCUUUGACAGCAUCGAGACUCACCAUACCGAGACCAACAACUUCCAAUACUACCAGCGUGCGCUCGCUCGUGAACAGACUAAGAUCAACAACUGGCAGCAAAAGCGCAAGACCGAGAACGCCACCCGUGCAACUCUCAAGCAGCCCCUCCUUCCCGAGGACGAAUGGCAACGGUUGUUCAAGCUGCCCCAGGAGCCUAGCCGCCUGGAGAGCAUGCUCAACAGCCGACAAGUGGAACAGUACGCGCGUCAGGUUGACGGCUUCGUUUCGGCCACGACAGGCAAGAUGUUUGCCGUCAAGGGUAACCUUUUGCCCGGAGAGACCACCAAAUAAGUUCAGGAAGAGAGGGAGGAGGUGGCUGUCUCAUGGUAUGAUCUGUGUCUCAUAACUAGGGGAUUUUGGAUUUGCAUAUAUGAAUAUGACCUUUACGGCGUAGGGAGGGGAAAACUUUUCUUUUUUUACUUUUCAUUUUGUAUCUGAUUGAUCUUACGAGUUUCUUUGUUUGCGCUAUUCCGGUAACGAAUAGAGUUACGGGAUAUGACCUGCAUUAUGUCUCUAUGCUUUCUUUCUUUUCCCUCCCAAGCUGACAUUGCUGUAGAGCUGACCCUGUAUUGAAUAGGGCAUGGGCCACACGUGAUGGCGGUGGUAAUGAACAUGGCGAUGACCUCACUAUUCCAUCGUCCGAUUAGAUAAGAUACCAGUCUGAGUUGCUUUCAUUCAGGCUCUUGUUAUUAGUUAGAAUUCAUAUUUUUGUUUGAUCCUCAUUAGUAUCUAACUGCCAUAAUGUAUAAUACCAACACCGACAUCUGGAUUGUACGCCAG